UCCCCCAACCACCAGGUGGGGUGUUUACACGCUCAUUCAAAACAGCGCGUGAUCGCACUUCUUCUCUUCUUUUAUUUACUUCUUGUUGGUUUUCAAUUCAUAGUCUUAUUGGUUUUUACAUUUUCGGGCCAGUCUUGGCGUCUUCUAUUUCUCACCGUGAAUCUGAUUGGAGGUUGGGGGAGUGGGGAGAUUAAAUGAAGACAAAAUGAAGUCCAAAUUCACAUGAAAUGAAAAAUGGCUUCCAUUUUUCCUUUCCCCAAGUGCCUAUAUAUACAUACCUUGCCCUUCGAUGUCUCCUUAUGUUUGAGUCUCUUCUCUGAGGGACUCCAAUUAAUAUUCAAAUCCAUCCCUUUUAUUGAUUCUCUCUUUAGAUUAGAUUUUUAAUUUUCUUUGUCCUUUUUGUUUUGUUUUUGUUUUUGUUUUUGGUAUUGAAUUGUAUAUUUGAUUGUUUCAUGGCGAAAGGCCGGCGGUUGACCACCAGCAGAAGCGAACGGUUUUUAGGAAGUUACGGUUACGGUCAAGGCCAAGGGGACACUGUCACGGACGAAGCGGAACUUGGGGAGGAAGAUGUUUGGUCGAUGGUUGAUAACGUCGCGGACCGAGACGACCCAAGUAUCAAUAAUUCUCAAAGCGAAUGGAGUCCACGUGCUGAGGCUGAGAUCAAUGGCUAUGGGAACUCCGACAUGAGGGGUCGCCGAAAUCCCCGGGGUGACCGCCACGUGGGCGGGCUUUCAUUGGCUUUCGAGGAUUCUUCCUCGACGAAGCCUAGGAUCGUGCACCAGUUUCGUGGCCACGAUGGCGUGGCUGCCCCAGCUUCGCCACGUGGGCACCAUAUAGCCACAUCAGCGCCGGUGAACGUACCUGACUGGACUAAGAUAUACAGGGUCGACUCGGUGGAGUCGCUGCAUGAUUCGGAUGAUGGAUUAGAUGAUGUUGAGUCGGAGAUGGUACCUCCACACGAGUACUUGGCGCGUGCAUACGCUCGGAGUAAGAAAUCGGGUGGGGCUUCAGUUUUUGAAGGCGUGGGUCGGACCCUAAAGGGCCGGGACAUGAGGCGGGUCAGGGAUGCAGUAUGGAGUCAAACCGGGUUCGAUGGUUAACCAAUUUGUUAGCCACUUGAAAAAGAGAUAAAACCAGCUUGAUUAUAAUUGAUUAAAAUGCGACUACAUAUAAAUAUUUUUUAUACUUGGGCAAUGAUUCGGCUGAGUAGACGUAGUUGAGUCAACUCAGUAGCGAGUGAGCUCAAGCAGGAUUUUGAAUUGAGGGGUCCAAAAAAUUUAUGUUCUUGGAUUGGAAUUUGGAAGUUGUAGUGCGUUUCCAACUUCUCUUUAGUGGUAAUUUUGGAACAAAAUAAGUUCAGAAAAAAACAAGUUUGUUCUUAAUCAAGGAUUGUUGGACAUAGUUUUCCAUUUAAUGGGCCAGCCUGAUUUUACAAUAACUCCAAAAAAUGAACCAGGGUGACCCUUGGUUGUGAAUUUUUUCGGUUUAUUUCCAAUAUAUGCUUAAUCAUACAUAAAUCAAAAUUUUACCAUUUUUGUCAUGUCUGCAUGAAAAUCCCAUAC